AUGUUUAGUUUCAUCUAGUUUAGCUAAAACGGCAACAAUUUGAAUAUAUUAGAUGCACUUAUCCUCAUUUAAAAGUAUUUUUAUUUUUAUCCCCAUCACUUGGAAGAGAAACGAGCCAUAAAAACUAUUUGGUUUUUAUAGUUAUCGCAUAACAUAAACAUAUGAUUUAAAAGCUUUUUUCUCUAUUGAUAGAUAAUUCUUGAUUUAAGGCCGUUUAGAUGAUUGCCUUACGUUUUCUUUGCUUUUUUAUUGCAGUUAUUAAUGUUGUUGUUGUUGUUGUUGUUGUUGUCUUUUCUUCGGUUAAUCUUAGCGGUAUGGACAAACGUAAAAUAGAUGUCUUUUAGAAAGAGGACAACAGUGUGUUCAAAAUGAACUCAACCGGGCCAGUUAUUGAAUUUUUCUCCAUAUAAAGUGGCGGCUACAAAACUGGUUUCUUGCUUAUUUGACAUUUAAUGAAAUUUAGUACACUCGCAGCGAUACAAUGUAGUGGACAUUUUACUUUACUAUACUUUCGUCUAUUAUUGUUCAAAAAACAAACAACAGAUUCUUAUAUAAGUAAGCAGACAUUACCCCACACAUGCAAUGCACCAGCCACCAUGAUGAAAUGUAUGAAAAGUGUAUGAAUGCCUUCCCAUAUCGCACAACAAACUAUCAAGUGCGGCCGAGAAGCAAACUUCGCCAGAGACUUGCAAACAUAAUAAAAAAAACAAAAAAGGAAAGAAAAUCGACAAAAAACCAUAGUUACCUCUUAAAAUACAUCUGCUUAAGCCAUUAACAACAAUGACUAACCCUUCGAUAUCAUCAUUAACAACAAAAACAACAGCAACCACAACAGAUACAUAUUCAUCUACAGACAGUAUCGGAAUAACAGUAACAACAUUUACAACGACAUCUACGCACGUUAAUAAGAACAAUGAAUAUCUGUUGCCCACUAGCAUGCCAGUCUCAACGGCGUCAACAUCUGCUCGCAAUAACAAAAACAAUUCUAUUCCAUUAUUGUUCGAUAAUAACGAUGAUGACGUCGAAUUGUGUCGUAGUUGUGGUAAAACAAAUACGGAACUUUAUGAUCUCUUUAAUACCGCAAAAACAACAACAUCCACAGCGGGAACUGCAACAUCAGCAAAUACAGCAAAUACAACAAAUGCAAAAAUAUCACCUUUUAAUACCUCGUCAACCACCUGCUAUUCGCAUUUAGAUGCACAAUCAAUAGCGCUUGAUAACCCUUCAUCAGCAAUUUCAACAUCGGGUUCAUCAUCUACAAGCGGCAAUAAUAUAGGGUUCGAUAGUGUUACGGCUACAGCCAAAGCUACGGCAAAGGGUCAAAGUAAUAUGGAGAAUAUUUUGCAAGAAAUGCAUAUUUGGCAAUUGCAGAUUAAAUGUGACGACGGUCUACCACAGCGUAUAUGUCCAAGAUGUACGGCACAAUUUUAUAUGAUACACAAAUUCCGACGGAAAUGUCUAAAAGUUCAAACACAAUUGAGAGCACUAUAUGAGGAUAGACAGUUUGAGCAGCAGCAAAAGGAGGCCACAAGAACACCGACACCAGCACCAGCACCAGUACCAGCACCAACAUCAACUCCAACAGCAGCAGCAGCAGCAGCAGCAACAGUAGUAGCGGCAGCAUCUUCAUCAUCAUCAGCAUCCGCAGUUGUCGCUACAGGUAAAGAAGUAGCUGACGCUAAGGCUGCUAAGACUGCUGAUGUAGCAGUAGUAGUAGUGCUAGUAGAAAAAGAAGAACAAACAGAAGAAGAAAAAGUAAAAGCUACACCGACUGAAUUGAAUAUUGGCAAUGAUUUAAUAAACGAUAACUAUGGCCAACUGCUGCCUGCAUUGUCCAAUGAGUCGGAAGCCUUUGAUAGCUCAAACACAUGGAAUGCCAAUGAUGCAACAACAUUGCUGGACAAUGUUGAGACAAUGGCAAACAAAGCGACACCAAUGAAAGCGGCGGUAACGUUUGAUACGAAAGAAGCCGCAAAAGCUCAAAAGCAUAGUGAACAACAAAAAUGUGAUAUUAAUGAUGAGGUCGGUGAUGGUAAGGAUGACGCUAAUGCUUGCAAUUGUAGUGGUGAUGGCGAAGAUGAAAGUAAAGAAAACGCAACAAUACACGAAUAUACGAAUAAGAUCGAAGAUGAAAAUGAAAAUGAAGAUGAAAAUGAACAAAUAUCAGAAAUUGUUUUAAGCGAAGGAAAUUUGCCAUUGGAAACUUCUUUGAAGAGAAAUCCCGCUAAUGAUAACGAAUUUGUGGCGGACGAUAAGCUUUCUUUGCUCAAUUUGCCAAUGAAUGAUUCUUCUUCUAAUUUAGAAUUAAGUUAUACGGAACCCAUAAGCAAAAGCAAUAACAACAACAACAACAACAAUAACAGCGACAGCAAUAACGAGAACAGCAAUAGCACAGUACAAAUAACCACCAAUACCGAAACUUUGAUUAAUCAGGAAUCAAGUACAUUUAUAACGAAAGCAGCCUUAAAAGAAUAUACCACAAUAAGGAACACCGCGAUCACCACUUCACCGUCAUCGUCGUCAUCGUCAUCGUCAUCAUCAUCAUCAUCGUCAUCGUCAUCUGCAUGCGAUAAUAACCACAUAAUAAAAGCGGAGAUACAACAACAAGAAGAACAACAACAGCCUGGGAUUACUACUACCAUAAGUCAAGAAACAUAUGCUGAUCAACUAAAACAGCAACAAGAACUGAAACAACAACAAAAUGCAUUCACCGACGACUUGUAUCAAGUUCUAAAGUCUGAAAAUUCCUUGUCGUCAACGAUCAACACGCAUAUAGCAGCAGACACAACGGGUAGUGACGAUAUACCACAACAAAAACAACAGCAACAACAACAACAAGAAGAACAACAAGAACAACAAAAACAACAGGAACAAGAACAACAGGUCGCUACUGUUGUUAUUCAAGAUAUGCUUAACAGGAAUGACGAUGCUGAUGGUUAUGCCGAUGACGACAAUGAAGACUUUACCGACAAUGAGACUGAUAUCGACAACAUCGCAACGACAACUAAAAAGCAAAGAAACCAGUCCAGAAAAACGGAAGUUAUAGCCAAUAAUUUACGUACAAGACUGUUCUUUAGACGAACCAGUUGCUGUGCCAACGAACGUUAUAAAUUAAAUGAAAAUACACAGGUAACCGGCUCAUCGACAACAACAGCAACAGCAACAGCAACAACAACCACAACAACAACAACAACAAAAACAACAACUAGUAUAACAAUCAAACGAAAACGUAAACGAAGAUGUUCGUUAAAUAAAAAACGUGAAAAAGCUGUUAGAACUACAACAAGUCUGGUUGAUCCUCCGAUAUCAACAUUACAGGGAAAAGUCGCAGAUAAAGACGCGGGUGAAGUGAAAGAAAACAAUGAAUUAAGCAACUGCCGCAGAAUCGUAGAGUACAAAUUAAAGAAUACGAAGACUAAGAAACAGAAGAGAAAGCAAAAUGACUUUAGAAAAGGAUUAACGACACUAUGGAGAGCAACACCUGCUGUUCAAAACAAUAAUGAUGACUGUGAUGGGGUUGAACGCGAUGAUGAUGAUGAUAAUGAUAAUGAUAAUGAUGUUGUUGACGGUGAUCUGGUUGCAUAUGCCACGGCGACGGCUAAACGACGUCGCUUAACAUCAACAAUCUGUUGGGAUAAUAGCAAAGGCAUUAGUCGUACUGGCAGUGAUUGUAAUAAUGAUAAUGGUAAGGAGAUUGGUAAUGGUGAUGGUGAUGGUGAUGAUGAUGGUGACGGUGACGGUGACGGUGAAUGGAUGCUGAGCAAAUCAUUGUGGAAAACAAAAGCUGAAAUGAAAGCAAAUAUCAAUGACAUGCAAACGGUCGAUGGCAACGGCAUUAACAAUGGGGGGGAAGGAGUUAAUAAUAAGAAUAUCGAUAUUACACAACCACAGGCAUGUAAAAUUAACUGCACACGUUCGGAAACCGGCUCUAAGAAGACGGUAACGUCCACUUUAAUUGAAGACAGUAGCUGCUAUGAAAACCAAACUCAAUUUCACAAAUUCACUGAACUCAAGGACAUAAAAGGUGAACAACAUAACCAAUGCAUUAUUAAAAACUUGCGGCCGGAAGAGGUGGACCAAGAACAAAUUAAACAGAAUAACUAUAACAAUAACAACAUGGACAAUAACAAUAAAGCUGAAAUUGAACAUAACGUACAAAUGCCUAAAGAAUUUCAUAAUAAUUUUGAUACGAACACCAAAGCCCAGCAGGAGGAGGAGAAGAAGUCAGCGGCAGCUACUACUUUAACGCCUCAGGUUAAAUGCGGUGGUAGCAUGAAAUUAAUAAUACAACGUAAACGUGGUGCCCGUUUUAAAUGUCGACGUGAAGAUGAUAUAGUAGAGCAAUCAACGAUGGCAGCAACAGAUGAACAGAAGCAAAUACAACAACCACAAAAAUUGCGACAACAACAACAUUCCGGUGAUAUAUUGCCGCCACUAAAGCGAAGUAAACGUUCGUUGAAGAAAUUUUCGUUACAAACGACAGCUCCAGCUAGUCGCCGUAGUGUUCAAGAUAAUGCGGGACAGGUAAAUGAUAAAGCGGAAGACGUUAAUGUUUAUGAAAAUAAUUUAAAACUUAAAGUCGCUAAAUCGACGAAUGCAUUGCAUUUCAAAGGAAAUUUGAACGAUAGCGGAAUACCGCAGAAAGGAGAGCGAAUUAAGAAGCAAGAAGCGAAAGAAAUGCAAAUACGAAGCGAUAACCCGUUUGAAGACAAUAAUCUUUUAAUACGUACUAAAGAUACGAGUUCCCCCUCAAUCAUUGUAACAAAGGAUUUGAACGAACAAUCCGAAGAACAAAUAAAUGCUAUUAAAAUUGAAGAAGGCACUCUAGUAACUAGCAGCAGCGCUACAAUGUUAUCGGCAAUGAGCAGUUCUUCGUCGCUCAAUAAUCUCACAUCCACCGAGAGUGAAUCGAGACGAUUAUCGCUUCAAAAAUUGAUAGUGCGUGUACCGCUCGCUUCGUUAACGCGCGAUUUUAAAAAAUUGCAUUUAACUAAAAGUCACGAAGGCAAUGAAAAUGAGCAAGAUCUUGAACAAGAUUUGCAACCAUAUGAUAAAGCUACAGAUAACGCUGAGUAUAUGCACGCAAGCGCAGUCCAUCUCGUAACACCUCCUAGACAAACAAAAGUAGAUGGCAUCGAGCGCAGUGGUAGUAGUGGCAGUGAUUUUCUAGGAUUUUCAACACCAGGAAGCCAUGUAUCACUAGCUUCUACGCAGCACACUUUAGAAAUGAUGGGUAAUGAAAAAUUGGAGGAGGAAAUUCAGGGAGAUGCAGGCAUUUUGUGCGGCCCUUCAAACAAGAUCAAUGAUUUUAUUAACGAAUUUCAGACUCAUUGCAUAGACUCGUCAGAAAUUGAAGAUAGCUCGGCGAACGUUAUACCGCCUCUGCCAGUUCAUAUAACUCAAGAGCUUAGCGAUGAGAUACGUGAUGUGGAAAAUACUCUGAAUGGUAUAUUAAGUCAAAUGCAUAAUCAAAGCAACAACUAUACAAUGAGUACUGCCAGUACUGAAGCUGAUGAUUUAUUUGUUCAUUCUAUAUAUUCGCCGUUAACGGAGCCACCGUCUACCCCUACCAAUAGCUAUUAUGCGGAAAGUCCAAAUGAAAGUAUUUUGAAUAGUGCCACUAAUCUUAGCAACAGUCCCUUCGCUCCGCCACAGCAUCAGAAUAGUUUAGAUAUGAACGGUUUGACGCCUCAAUCCGGCCAGAGUUCAACAACCAGUUACAUGACGGGUUCCAAUAACUCGGAACUGGUAUUUAAUGAUAAUUUCACUUAUCAUUCGGAAUGUUUUGGCCACGAAGAUACUACACAGUCCGAAUUAAUCGGUUUCCAAAAUGAUAUACCCUGCUUCGAAAAUAUCGACUUAAAUGCAACAACAGAAAUUUGUAAAAGUGAAACGGAUAUAAUAAAUAAUACAUCUAACUUUGAAGAAAUAACGACAAAAGUGGAGGAUCAAAUGAAUCUGGAAGAAGAAACAGAACUCGUUUGCCAAACGAUAAAAGAAAACAACGAAACAACAAAUAUUACUGAGAUGAUAGAAAACUCCGAAGUGGAAAAUCCAUACAAUGAAAGCGAUUUCGAGAGCGUGACUGUGCCGGAAAAUGACGAGCCGCCUACUCUCAAUGACAAUGAAAUGGUGAGUGAGGAAACAGUUGAAAUGACUGAUGUUAGUCAAGAGAUAACAGCUGAAGAGAAACCGAUAGUGGAUACUGUAACAUAUCCGUCUAAUUCCCACGCUCAUCUAUCUCAACCGCCGCAACAAAUAUUAACUUUACCUAAUAGUCAAGUAAGCUCUCAUAGUACCAAUCAUCAUCAUCAAUACUUGUUAGCCACACCCGGGCAAAAUGGCAGUUUUACCAUUAUUGCUAAAUCACCGAACUCAAUGAUGGAUCAGGUGUUUAAGCCUCACUCAAAUAACGUACAAUAUGUUACACUAGGACAAGCUUUGAAUGCAAAACAUCCAACUACUUUACCGGUGAUUGCACAUUCGCAAGCGGUACCCACAAUGAAAGCACCUAAUCUCUAUAAUCCUGCAAGUGGUGCCACAACGACACCAGGUCUAAGAUGGUCGAACAAUACCGGGCAAUUUCCCCAGCAGGUAACCACUCAUGUGCCAUCAGUAUUAUCCAAUCAUCAACAACAGAGUACAACACCCAACGCCACUAAUACUGGUUACUACAUAAAUGUGGGCGGCGGUAUUUUCAGAGCCACCACUACCAGCAAUACUCCAACCGCUACAACACUCAAUGCCACAAAUGUUAAUAUUAACUCUUUGGUUAUGCCACCGCAACAUCAACAGCAUUCCCAUCAACAGCAACAGAUAAAUUUAACUAAGUCACAAUUGGACGCUAAUAAAAAUUAUCUUUUACAACAACAGCAACAAAGAGCGCACCAUAGCACACCGCCAGCUUCACAAUAUAUUAUGGUAAUACCCCAGGAUUAUAAUGCGACGCCACAAUACUUUUCCGCCGCCACAGGUGCAAGGUUAACAUCAGCCACACCGUCAUUGGGGACUUCUACAGUGCUUCUGCAUACACCAGCCGCACCAACCAAUAAUUGCAAUUUUGUUACAGCGACAUCGUCCUCCGCCACUCCGGCUACCACGGUAAUAGCAAACAAUCUUCAUAACAGUCGCAGCAGUCCGAAAAUGGUGAUAUCAUCUCGACCCUUAUCAAACAACGUUCAGCCAAUACAUGCUAAUCAUCGGCGUGUCCAACAACAAUUGCAACAGAAAAUCCAACAAAAGCAAUUGCAGUUAAUACAACCGAAGUUACCGACAACGCGCGAACAGCACAUUAAAUUGAUUUGUCGCUUCUGUCAUAAACGUCAAAAGUUCACCAACAACAUUGAUUACAGUAAUCAUAUCAUCGAUAUGCAUCCCGCCGAUAAGCCGUUCAAUUGCCCGUUCUGUCCAAUGCACUUUCAACGACGUAUUCAUCGUCAACAGCAUAUAAGUGAAUCGCAUGCCUCACAACGCUACCAGUGCCCGCAGUGUAGUAUGAGUUUUAGUGCGCAACGCACUUUAGAUUUUCAUUUACAAAAGUAUCACGCGUGUACAAGAUCGCCACCACAAUCAACAUCGUCGUCAUCCUCAUCGUCAUCAUCGUCAUCAUCAUCAUCAUCAUCAACAACGUCAACAUCGUCUUCGUCGUCAUCCGCUUUGGUGUCCACAAAAGUGAUAACAACUCAACAAUCAAAACAAAGCUCCACCUCUUCUGCUACUACAUCGGCCACAUAUCAAUUAUUACAGCAUCAUCAGCAACAACGAUUGGUGCGCGUUGAGGAUGCUCAACAGCAUGUGACUGACGAAAUAAAGGACAAACGUCCUAUUGAUCUCCAAUUGGAUGCUCAGCAUAUAAAUGCCACAAGCAGUUGUAAAGCUAAUGCCCAUAAAGGAGGUGGUAACACAAGUAAUAAUACUACGCUACCGGAUAAACAGCGGCAAGCACGAAUUAUUUGCUGUCCAGAUUGUAAUGAUGACGAUGAUGAGGAUGACCACGAAUGUUGCAAAAACUCAACAGAUACUUACGCAAGGAAAUCCAUACCGCCAGUAAUAGUAACACAACAACAACAACACCAGCGGCAACAACAACAACAACCGCGAUUACAGCAACCGAAUGGUGGUCAACAUGUGACAAUGCCGUCACCGGAACAAACUGAACCCGAUUCUACAUCAACCAGUACAUUGCGACAAUUUCGUAAACGACGUCCUUCGCAAAACUCCUGUUCAAGUCCCAAUGUUUAUGCGGAGGUGGAAACAAGUGGUAAUGGCGGUGGAAAAUAUACGAUUAAUGAGGGUGUCGAUGCUACAGAACAAAUUGUUGCUGAACGUGCUCUACGUGGCACACAUAAUUGUCCGUUGUGUGAGGAAUGCUUUACAAAUGAAAUUUCAUUGCGAAAACAUCAUUAUUUGGCACACGGCACACAGACAAUAAUGCCAUUCAUAUGCACGAUAUGCAAACGAGGUUUUCGCAUACGCAACGCCUUGCAACGUCAUAUGGAGGCUCACGAUGCUGAAGGGCGGCCAUAUGAAUGCAAUGUAUGUCAGAUACGUUUUCCCCGGCCGUCACAAUUAACUUUACAUAAACUGACUGUGCAUAAAUUUGAAAAGCCACGCACCCAUGAGGACUGUGAGCUACCGUCCGGUACUGAAAGCGCUUUAAAGGCUCAUGUUCUUACAAACGCCCACUUGGCCAUGUCAACAAGUCGUCAAGAUGGCAAAAUAUUAGCAGCAAAUUUGAAGGCAACAGAAAUCGGUCAAAUAGCAUCUUCAACUACGACGACAUCUGCAAAAGCCAAAGCAGCAAUAAUCGCUGCAGCACCGUCACCAUCGCCCCAGCCCUCGCCGUGCUCGUCACGUCCACCACCGCUGGCACCAAUACAACAACUGCAUAAUCCGCCUUUCAACGCACAUCAUUCUACCACAACUGAACUUAGACGUUAAUGAAAUUAAUCUUUAAAGGCUGUUUGUGUUUUUUAUUUAAUUUUGAAAAAUUAUUCACGUUCUUUUUGCUUUUUUCUUUUUUUAAUCUCUUUGGUUACAUUUAUCGAAUUUCCAAUGAAUUUAAUUAGAGAGAUACAAUACGGUUAAAACUCGAAAACUCAUAGACGAUGGCUCUCAAGUAACAUUGAUUUAGAAAAUUAUUUGAAAUGUGUUUCAAUUACAUUUUUACGUUUAUCUAGUUAUAUGGUUUUUGAACAAAUUGUCAUAGCGACUCUUAAUGCAGUA